CUCGGCGCGGCGCCACGUCAGGGGCGGGCCCGGCGCGCGCGGGAAGUCUCUGUAGGGCGGCCGGCUAGCCUCAGCCGCCGCGCGUCAUGGCCCUUUCGGUGCCCGGCUACUCACCGGGCUUCCGAAAGCCGCCCGAGGUAGUGCGGCUCCGACGGAAAAGGGCCCGGAGCCGUGGAGCUGCCGCCUCCCCGCCCCGUGAGCUGACGGAGCCGGCGGCCCGCCGAGCCGCCCUGGUGGCGGGGCUGCCUCUUCGCCCUUUCCCUGCUGCGGGGGGCAGAGGCGGCGGCAGCGGCGGCGGCCCGGCCGCUGCUCGGAGGAACCCCUUCGCCCGCCUGGACAACCGACCGCGGGUCGCCGCGGAGCCCCCCGACGGGCCGGCCCGCGAGCAGCUGGAGUCGCCGGUCCCGUUUUUAGAUUCUAAUCAAGAAAAUGAUUUGCUAUGGGAAGAGAAGUUUCCUGAAAGAACAACUGUUACUGAAUUACCCCAGACUUCACAUGUAUCAUUCUCCGAGCCUGAUAUUCCGUCCUCAAAAAUUACUGAGUUACCUGUGGACUGGAGUAUUAAAACGCGACUCCUUUUCACCUCUUCUCAACCCUUUACCUGGGCAGAUCAUUUGAAAGCACAGGAAGAAGCUCAAGGUCUUGUCCAGCAUUGUAGGGCAACAGAAGUUACUUUGCCUAAAAGUAUACAGGAUCCCAAACUCUCCACUGAGCUCCGUUGUACCUUCCAGCAGAGCCUUAUCUAUUGGCUCCACCCUGCUUUGUCUUGGCUACCACUGUUCCCUCGUAUUGGAGCUGAUAGAAAAAUGGCUGGAAAGACAAGUCCUUGGUCAAAUGAUGCAACCCUGCAGCAUGUUUUAAUGAGUGACUGGUCUGUGAGCUUUACUUCUCUAUAUAAUUUGCUGAAGACAAAACUUUGCCCCUAUUUCUACGUUUGUACCUAUCAGUUUACUGUCCUGUUCCGAGCAGCAGGAUUAGCUGGAAGUGACUUAAUCACAGCUCUCAUAUCUCCAACAACUCGAGGUUUAAGAGAAGCUAUGAGAAAUGAAGGUAUUGAAUUUUCUCUGCCUUUAAUAAAAGAAAGUGGCCAUAAGAAGGAGACAGCAUCUGGAACAAGCUUGGGAUAUGGGGAGGAGCAAGCCAUCAGUGAUGAGGAUGAAGAGGAAAGUUUUUCCUGGCUGGAAGAGAUGGGUGUGCAAGAUAAAAUUAAAAAGCCAGACAUACUUUCUAUCAAGCUGCGUAAAGAGAAACAUGAAGUACAAAUGGAUCACAGACCUGAAUCUGUUGUGUUGGUAAAAGGAAUCAACACCUUUACAUUGCUCAAUUUUUUGAUUAACUCUAAGAGUUUAGUUGCUACCUCAGGUCCACAGGCAGGACUUCCUCCAACCCUCUUGUCCCCUGUUGCUUUCCGAGGUGCCACAAUGCAAAUGCUUAAGGCACGGAGUGUAAAUGUGAAGACACAAGCUCUUUCUGGAUACAGAGACCAAUUUAGUUUGGAGAUUACAGGUCCUAUCAUGCCUCAUUCUCUGCAUUCACUGACCAUGCUGCUCAAAUCUUCACAGAGUGGAUCUUUCUCUGCAGUACUGUAUCCACACGAGCCAACUGCUGUAUUUAACAUCUGCCUGCAAAUGGACAAAGUACUUGAUAUGGAGGUUGUUCAUAAAGAGCUUACUAACUGUGGUUUGCACCCUAACACUCUGGAGCAACUUAGUCAAAUACCGUUACUUGGGAAAUCAUCUUUACGGAAUGUGGUGCUGAGAGACUACAUUUAUAAUUGGAGAUCCUGAACACCAAAGAUUUAUUUGUAGAAUUGGAGGUGUUUACUGGAAGAUGAUGAUAUGGCCAAGCCAAGGAAGGGAACCUACAGUGAAGAGUACAGGUGUCUCUGAUCUACAUAUCCAAGAACUGCAAGAAAAAUGUCCAGAUGGGCAUCAGAUACCUAGUCCAGUCCUUGGCAAAAGUCUGGGCUUUGGAAACCAAGGGCAAGAGGCGAUGACAACUAAUCUAUAGUAAUUAAAACUCCCACCCCCCUAUUAAGACUCCACCCUCCCACAUCCCCCAAGCGUGAUUUUGCACAACAAGUUAAAUAAAAGUAAACUGUUUAUUAAAAGAUACAGCAAAGGUACAGAUACAGAGAUACAUACAAAGAUACAGAUAUAUAUAUAUUUACAUAUAUAUACAGUCUUGCUAUUUUCAUGUGCACUAUAUUUAGCAGCACAUUAUUUAAUCAGGUGGCAUUUUAAUGGGGUUGUUUUGACACUUGGCAUUAUUAAGAUACAACUAUAGCCCCGUGGAAAUUUCAACUUUUGAAUUCCACCUCUCCGACUUUUAAUAGUAGCAAAGAGGGGAAGGAGAAGGGAAUGGAGUACCAAGGCUGAGCAUUAGGUUAAACACAAGAAUUUAAAAGGGCCAAGGUAGCAAAGGGAAGGAAAAAUAAUUAAAACUAAAGGCUAUCUGACAAACAACCCAGAGAAACAGUAAGAAACCAUCAUUAAGGGCAAUGGGCUAUGUACCCAAGAUGCUCACAUCAACCUACAAUGACCUUUUCCAAUCCAGUUCUUGUGUUGAACCUGAGGAUCUGCCCUCUCCGAUCAAUCCCUCCACCCGAUAAAUUUGCUACCACCAAAAUCUAGAGCUAUAGAGCCUUGAAGCAAAUCGGGAAGCUAAAUAGUUGUACCUUGGACUACCUUCCCACAAGUGCAGGGAGGGCCCAAUGUUGGGUAGGGAUGUGAUAACACUGUUCUCUGCAAUUCGAUGCUUUUCACUUUGUGGCUUGGUUCCACAAAGUGAAUUGCAUCGAGUUACUGUCAAAUGAGAAGCUGCGGGUUGUUUCAUCUGUCGUCUAACCCGGCCCUGCCGUUUAACCCGGCCCUAAGAAGAGUGAAACAGAAUCCAAAUCAGACAUAAAAUAACAAUGAAAUGGCAGAUUCAGGUAUAAAAAAGGAAAAAUACAUAAUAUUCCUCCUACUUACCUCUGAGGGCAAAUUGCUGCUGAAAACAUUAUCAUCAUCUUUGUUUUCUUCACCAUUUUUCUCCACAGGAACCCAUUCUCCAUAAACACUAUCCGCUUCUUUUUUCCGAUGUUGAGAUCCAGAUGAUACAGGGAAUUCUUUUGUUAAUGUUACCUGGCUUUUUGGUGGAGUUGGUUUUGCUGCAGCAAUCUAAAAAAUAAA